AUGGGGGCGUUCUUGAGCUCCGCCGCAAGCAAGGAACAGCACCAGCAGUGGGAGCACGACGAAGCUCCGCGACCAGAUUCCUCCAAGAAGAUGCGGCUCUCGACCUCUCUCUGCAGCCACGGCCACCCGAGGCUGAUCCCGGGGCUCCCGGAUGAGAUCUCUCUGCAAAUCCUCGCGAGGAUGCCGCGGAUGGGGUACCUCAAGGCCAAGAUGGUCUCCCGGAGCUGGAAGGUGGCGAUAACUGGCGCAGAGCUGUACCGGCUGAGGAAGGAGCUCGGCGUGGCCGAAGAGUGGCUGUACAUACCGAUGAAGACGGCAGAUGAUCAGAAGCUGGUUUGGCAUGCUUUUGAUCCGGUUAGCAACCAAUGGCAGAGGCUGCCACUCAUGCCUGGGAUCAGUCAUAGCAGAGGAGAGUGCAGGAGUGGCCGCGUCUAUGGGUUGGGCUUGGGGGAUCUGGUGAGCGCUGGCAUAAGUAUCUUUGACGUUAUCAGAGGCUGGCUUGGUCAGAGGGAAUUGUUAGGCAGUAUACCAUUCUGUGGCUGUGCCGUCGGCGCUGCUGAUGGCUGCCUCUAUGUUUUGGGUGGGUUCUCUAGAGCUUCCACGAUGAAAUGCGUGUGGAGGUAUGAUCCAUCUGUCAAUUCAUGGCAGGAGGUGAGCCCGAUGAGCACAGGGCGUGCCUUUUGCAAGACUAGCCUGUUGAACAACAAGCUGUAUGUUGUUGGUGGUAUCAUCCAAGACAAGAAUGGGUUGGCUCCGCUAAAAUCCGCUGAAGUGUUUGACCCUGCAACUGGGGUUUGGUGCCAGAUAUGUUAUUCUCCAAAUCGCAAGCUCUGCCGACGGCCUUAG